AUGAAUAACCUACAUGCAGGAGUUGAUAUAAUUCCUCCAUCACCUCAAUCACAUACACUUAAUAUGGAGAAUGUUAACUGUCCUAUCUGUUUUAUUUCGUUCAGUGAUUUGAGAUUACUUAAUGUGCAUUUAGAUCACGACCAUGGUUUUGAGGAUAACAUAAAUGAACCUGUUACUCCCAUGAGUAAGCAACAAACCACAUCUUCAAAAAAAAUACGAAAUGUAGCUCAUGCUAAAUCGAAAAGUUCAAAUAUAAUUUCGAAUGUCAAUAGAAUUAAAACAGGUCAUUGGGAAGCAUAUACUUCGGGUGCUAAAUGUUUUGAUUGUGGGCACAUAUUAAAAACUAAAUUAGACACCAGAAAUUGUAGGAAGUGCGGGAACUUAUUUAGUAAAUGGCAUUGCAGAAAUAUUAUCAAAUUGAAUCUAAAGGCACAGUAUGAUCCAGAGAAUGGGAAAUGGUAUAGUUGUUGCCAUAAUUGUUAUAUCUUGCGCCCAGGUUACAAUGGCUUUGGCUCAAGGGUAGAUCUCACAGAUAUAUUUUAUAAAAUACGACAUGACAGAAGUGAUGAUAGAGAGUUACGAAGGUUACAACUUGAGAAUAGACUUGUAAUAUUAAUUAAUGGCACCAUAGAAUUAUAUAAUAAGUACCGUGAUAGAAUUUUAGGCCCUGUGAAGUGGGAUUAUGAUAUAGCGACGUUAGAACGUUCGACGGUUCCUUGGAAGGAUGAUAAAACAGUUUCAAAUUGCAAUAUUUGCCAAUCUAAAUUUACAUUCCUAAUAAGAAAACACCACUGUCGUCUAUGUGGAUCCAUAGUCUGUGACAGAAUUGAGACUGGUUGUUCCAAUGAAUUAUUGGUACGUUUUUUACAGAGCAUUACAUCCGAUUUAUAUUACACUCAAAAGGUUCCAGAGGAUCCAGAAUUUGAUAAGGGUAUUAGGAUAUGUUCAGACUGUUUAGAUAUGAUAUACAUUCCAAGGAAAUUUAAUAAGGAUGUGUCCGAUCCACCUUCAGCUAUAAUUUCUAAAUAUUACAAUCUUCAGAAUUUGUCCAUGGUAGUAAAUCAAGUACUGCCAAAAUUCGAAGAUCUUUUGAGUAAAAUAGAAAUUACCAAGGAGUUAAAUAAAGUUCCAGAUAUUACAGAUUUAAGAGAAUUAGGUAAACACAGAGAGAAGUUAUUAAGAGCAUUUAAAGCCUACAAUAUACUCACGAAGCAACUUGCUGCAAUUCCUUCUUAUAACAUAUCAGAGAAAAGGAUCAAAGAUUCUAUUAAAAUAAUAUCGUCUGACUUUAUAAAUGAAAAAAUUCUACCCAUGAAGAACGUGCCAAGUAUUCUAAAUGGAGGUAGCUCCUCCAACGAAAGUUCCACAAAUAAUAGUUUUAUGGAUACUGGAAAACCUGAAGUAAAAAAAUUAUAUGAUUUAAUGAGCGAUCUUACCAUUAAGGAAAUAAAAGAAUACAGGGAAGAACUUAUGGUCUUCAAAGAGCAAAGUUUUAUGCUUCAAUCAAUGAUAAAGGAAGCUAAGAAGCAAAGACAUUUCGAUGAAGUGCAAGUACUUAGUGGUAAUUUGAAUGAUAUCAUGACGCGCAUACAGGACAUUCAGACAAAACUUGGAGAACAAGGUUUUGAUUGA